AGAAGCAGUGUUCGCCUCUCUUCCUAGUGUACUGUCUUUGCUGAAGGUGUCCCACCUUUCUACAAUGCGCGUGCGCAAUUCUUACAACCAACGAUCCGACGUCAUUGAAGGAUGUUUGAUCGUCAAAUCAGGUCGCUUCUGACAUGGACUCAGCCCUGACUUUAGGACGUUUCUCCGCGACGUCAAAAGUUUAGUUCUUGGGAGAGUUUGAAGAAGUUUGUUACCGCGUCUUCUCUGCUUAUCAGGCUACCUUGUUUCAGUGAUGGCGUUACAUGGCAAAGUGGCUUUAGUGACUGGUGCGGUGCAAGGUUUGGGAAAAGGUUUCUCAGAAAUUCUUUUGCAAAAAGGAGCAAAGGUAGCCCUGUUGGAUAUAAAUGAGUCCGGUGGGAAGGAUUUAAAGGCUGCCUUUGAUAAAGAAUAUGGACCAGACAGAACACUGUUUCUUACAUGCACCGUUGAAUCUGAGGAACAACUAAAAGAUGCCUUUCAGAAAACGGUAGAGGCGUUUGGGGGCUUAGACAUCGUCUGCAACAACGCUGGUAUCAUUGAUGAGAUGAACUGGGAGAAAUGUGUGUCUAUAAACCUCAAUGGAGUGGUGAGAGGCACAUAUCUGGCUCUCCAGCACAUGAAAAAGCAGAACAGAGGGCAGGGAGGCGUCAUCAUCAACAUAGCGUCUAUGGCAGGUCUGGGUCCUCUGCUGACUGCUCCCAUCUACACAGCCACCAAACACGGGGUGGUGGGGUUCAGUCGGGCUAUGGCGGAUGUCUCCCGUUUGUGUGACUACGGGGUGCGAAUUAAUGUCCUCUGCCCUGCUUUCGUCCAAACCGCCAUCCUCUCCUCCCUGAGUUCAGAGGAGUCUGCGGGACAGUUCGCAGGUCUGAGGGGAGUGGCAGAGAAACUACUGGAACAGUUUGGUGUGCUUGAAGUCUCUGAGGUAGCCAAGAACUUCUUGAAGCUGGUGACGGAUGAGAGUCGAAACGGAGAGGCCCUUUUGGUACGGAAGGAGGGAGCUUCAUACGUAACGUUUCGCCAAGUGGCUUCCCAGCUGCCCAGUAUCCUUGCCCCCUCUCUGUAGCAGAAUCCCUCCCCCAGCUAGCUGGUAUGUCUGCACACGAAACAGAAGGCCUGGACCUGUGUGUUCUGGUCCUGUUGCUUGUAUAAAAUAACUUGUGUAAACAACAUGAUUGUAUUAUCACCUCCCACUAUAUAAGGGACAUGUAACCAUUUACUCUGACUUCUUACCUGUGAAAUCAGAGAUCUCCUCACAGCUGCAUGAUUAAAGAUUUUUCUAUUAUACAAUUAAA